UCAUAAUAGUGCACGCGCAGGGACUGAUGACGUGCGCAAUAAUCCUCCCCGAAAAUAAUCGCGGCGCAUCUCGUUGUCGCGGCCGCCGCCCCCGCGCCGCGUCGUCGCAAUAUCGUCUCAUUCGAUAUGCAGAGUCGCAUUCACCACCGGCGUGAUAGCCACUGAAUUACUGCGUCCUGCGCACAGUCUUCCGUCAUUCGUCGCUCUUUUCUAACCAGAAGGCGUGUCGGGCGCCGUGACACACGACAGUCGCGCGACUCGCGUGUAGGGUGUAAAUAGUGCGCGUAAGAGUGGAAUAUCGCGUCUUAGAGGAGACGCCUUGUGGCAGGGUGAGUUUCUUUCUAAGGGAGAGAGAAGCUUUGUGCGAACAAGCAGGCUGAUUUUCGAGAAUAGCUCGUCGCUGCGCUCACACAGUGGACGUGUCGAUCAUUAGAGAUGAUCUUCUGGAUCAGAUUUCUUCGCUUUUCCUGUGAUCAAGACAGAUACUAACGAUAUGGGUUCAAUAUGGCUCCAGCAUUCUGGCAUGCUUCUGGGAAUAAUUUUCUUUCGUCAGUUUUCGUGUUAUUUUUACUGUUCUGUCCACACAAUUGCACAGCCCGCGAGGUAAUUGAUGCAUCACUGCCACAACAAGAUUAUGUUGCAUCACUACCACCUCCACCGGGAGGUGCCACUGCCACUGCCAGAAUACCAAAGUGUGAUCAAAAGUUUGUAAGCACUCCCGAUGGACCGACGAACGGGACCUUUUAUGCACCAACGCUUGUCAAUCCUGAAGGGGAGCCACAACAGUGUGUUUACACAUUUCUUGCUGGGCCACGUCAGCGUGUGGAAUUAAUUUUCAAAUCGUUUGGCCUGCGAGGAAAACCACCAGAUGGAUCUGCUGUGGGAGAAUUACCUGCCUGUAUUCACGAGUAUAUGGACAUAUACUCCGAGAUACGAUCGGAGAAUGCGACUAAGCUGAUAGAAACGCCAUUCGGUGGACGGUUUUGCGGACCGAUUCCACCUCGCAGACGGGUCUCUCUUUAUCAGGGAAUUGCUCUAAGUUUCUUUACUGAUAAGAAUGUCACUCUGCCGAGUAUUUUUAGUGGUAUUUACAGAUUUAUCAAUGCUUCUGAGUAUGAAGUAGGCAUUCCAGCACCAAAUACACCAUGCUCUUUCAUGAUAGACGUGGAAACUAAACGUAACGGAACUAUAUUAUCUCCCACUUAUCCUGGCACUUAUCCGAAAAAUCUCACUUGUAGCUAUCAAUUUAUUGGGACACCUGGACAACGUGUGCGGUUGGAAUUUCGUGAUUUUGAUUUAUAUUUUGGCGGGCCACAUUGUCCAUUGGAUUACGUAAAGAUAUACGAUGGUUUAGAUAAUUCGGCUGCCGUUAUUGGCACAUAUUGUGGUCAGCAGCGAAACUUAGUUUUGUACUCUUCCAAUAAUAGUUUGUUUGUGCUGUUCAUUACAUUGAAGCGCACAGCAAAUACUCAAAAUCGAGGUUUCAAAGGCAUCUUUGAGUUCUCGGAGAGUUUUGUUAAACUGGAUUUUAUAAAAUAUUAUCAUGGCGAGCAUAUCCGUGGAUCCGAAUGCGAUCAGAAGAUUCUUAGUAAGAAGGACAAAUCGGGAUUUGUAGUUAGUCCAAAUUAUCCAUAUCUUUAUGUACCUAAGGUUGUCUGCCGUUAUUUUAUCUACGGGAUGCAGGACUCGCAACACUUGGAACGCGUACGAUUGGAAUUUAUGGAAUUCUCGAUACGGAUUCCGAACGGAGAAAAUGCCUGUACUGAUGGUUAUCUAAAAUUGUAUCUAAAAGGCCAAGAAGUGACAGAUUCUUAUGAUAAAUUUGACUACGAGAUGUGUGGUGACAAGAGCAAUCCGACUCAUGUGGUUAGUGACGGACCGAGACUUGUGAUGGUGUUCAGUAGCGGAGAAUCGCAGGCGAGAGGUUUCAAAGCUGAGUACACUUUCGAAACGGAAUACAAGAUACCGGGUACUGCGGCACCCGAUGGCAGUUGUACUUUUUCUUAUUAUAGUUUGUCUCGCAAACGCGGUGAAUUUAAUUCUCCACGAUAUCCUAGUAAUUAUCCGAGUGAUACAAAUUGCACAUAUUUUUUCAUUGCAACACCGAACGAGCAGAUUACUUUGAUUUUUGAUCACUUUAAGGUUCGUACGAGAAACGUUAACGUGACGGUUGGACAUUACGGACAUGAAUUAUGUCAGGAAGAUUGGCUUGAAAUUUACAAUAUGUACCAGGACGAAACGGAAAAAUUAAUAGGAAGGUAUUGUGGUGUAACUGCGCCGGGUCCGGUAGAAUCGAAUCUCGGUGCUCGUGGCUUGAAAGUGAUUUUGCAUUCCGACUCCGAGCUUGUGUACAGCGGCUUCAAAGCACGUUACACUUUCGAGAUCGCUAAAUCUAUUUUCGGAGAUUGUGGAUCAAAUAUUAGUAGUUUAAAUUAUGGUAUAAUAACCAGCCCGAAUUUUCCUAAUAAAUAUGACGGUCCGGCGAGAAAUUUAGCCAGCAAAACUUGCAACUGGUUCAUAAGAGUUCGACCGAAUCACAAGAUAUUAUUGAACUUUGAGACCUUCUCUGUGGAAGGUGACCAAUUAGCACGAGGUUGUCCCGCAGCCGUAUUACGUAUAUGGUAUUCAUUAACGUCCACUCCACACGAGCUCUGUGGCGUUAAAACUCCUGACACAAAAUGGAAUUUUCUUUCGGAAGAUAAUAAUAUGCGGCUCAGUUUUAUAUCAGCCGAUAAAGCGGUAGGACAACAAGGCUUUCGGGCGGUGUGGACUGAAGUGAGCAUGAAUACAGACUGUCAAGAUGGUCAAUUUCUAUGCAGCAAAAGUAAAUAUUGCAUCGCUGAACCGCUACAAUGCAAUAACAUUGAUAAUUGCGGGCCGGACGAUACGUCGGAUGAAGAGAAUUGUAUUGCGGCGAUACCAGCAGAUAAUUACGCAUUACCGAUAGCCUACGCAGUUGGCAGCAUCCUAAUCAUCCUGAUGUUUUGUUUGAUCUGCCAUCGAAGACUACGACGACGAUCACGAGGCAUACCAAUCGACGAACUGCCACCGCAAUGUGUAAUUGAUGCCAUUGAUCGCCAUUGCUAUCAUCAUGAUCUAUUACACACGGAUCAUGCGUUAACACGCGGCUUUAAUCAGUAUCAUUUGGAAGAACCAAGUCCAUUGAACGAGAGCGACGAGAUGGAGGAACCUGAACAAGACUGCCAAGAGACCAGCAGCCCAGACAGUGUCUAACGUCGUUUGCUGCGUCCUUGGCACUAUCACGUGUAAUCUGUUGUUGUUUGUUGCACGUAAGAAAUGCUGAGGAAGCCGUGAAGAAAAAAAUAUCAAUGUGAUGUUUAUCGUUAUACACACAAUUUCAUUGUAAUAACAUCGCAUUGUAAAUUUUUACGUAUGCGCGAUUUGUGUAACGUAUAUAUAUAUAUAUAUAUAUAGAUAUUCAUAAGUGACGACAGUGAAUAUGAGAUUUUUAAAUUAAGUUAUUGAAAAUGAUUGAGACUUCUUAUACACCGAAAUAUCAAAUGCAUGUGUCAUAAUGUAAAAGCUUCCUUCAUUCAUGAAUGCAGAACAACGUUUUCAUGUUUUGUCAUCAAAUCAUAUUUUUAACAUUUUUAUUGGAAAAAGAACAUCGCGUAAAAAGAUAUAUAUGAUAUUUGGAUCAUCGUUAUCGAAAUAUUAUAUUGUAGCGCUUUUAGAAUAUGAUAUUAUGUUUAACUUUGAUUCUUUGAUAAAUGACUGACAAGCUGAACGUCUAUAUAGCCGUUGACACGACUUGUCUACUAAAAAUGUAAAACGAAUUUGAAAUCGUAAAUCGCGCAAAGGCGUAGACCGAAAUCUAAAAAGGGAUAUUGAUAAUAACCAAAGUGAAAGUAUUAGCUUCAUUCUAGAAUAUUUUGGAAUAUGCUUAAAUCGAUUUGCAUUUUUAAUUCUUUUGCUUUUUUAAUCCUCUUGCAAAUAAAAAUUGAUCAAGAGUUAUUUGAUAAUUAAUCGAUAUGAUUGACCAAAGCUUGUGUAUAAGAUCAUUUUUACUUUCUAUAAUUUAUACAUGUGAUAGAUUAGUUAAUAAUAUUUAUAGUUAAAUACUUAUAAAUUAAAUAUAAAUCUAUAUAAAUACAAAAUGAUUUAGAACUAUUAUUGGACAUUAUAAAUUAUAAUUCAUAAAUUAGUAUGAAAAUUAGAUUAAUUCUUGAUUGUAAUUUUUUGAUAUUAAAAAUAGCGAAUCGCGCGUACGAUGAUUUCUGGUUGAUCGACGCUCAAUUACUAUUGUAUUCAAAAUUUUACUGAAUACAUAAGCCGAAUGAUAAUUACAACGUCACUGUAAAUCGCAAUAUAAUAAUAAUAACACAAUUUAAAUCAAUUAUAUACAUAGAGGAUGUAAUAGUUUGCAUAUAAUAUGUAUGCCAAGCGAUUCAAGACCUGAGCAGAAAGAUAAUUAAGUCUUAAAAAAAGAAGCAAAAUGUUUAUAUAAA